AUGGCUUCGCCAAAGCAUCUUUCCUUGUCGCUGCCUUUAGAGUUAGUAGAAGUGAUACUUUACAAGGUUCCGAUCGAAUCGUUGGUACGGUUCAAAACGACAUGCAAACAAUGGUACGCUCUCUUCAACGAUGAGAGAUUCAUCUACAAACACUUGGGUCUCUCUCAGGAAAGAUUCGUACGACUUGAUGUUGAUGAUCAAUUGAUUCAUAUCUUCAAUCCUGAGACCAAUGCUCGAUUGUGUCUACCAUUCUCAGAGGAGUUACACAUUCAACAAAUCAUUAAAACGAUUCACUGCGACGGAUUAUUGCUAUCAUUGUGUACUACUGAGAGAGGUAUACCUAACAUAAAAGGGCUCGCUGUUUGGAAUCCGAUUUUGAGCGGAGUCACAUGGAUCGAACCCUUGAAUUCUUACGAAAUAUAUGAUAUGUACGGUUUUGGAUACGACAAAGUAUCCCGUGACAACUACAAGAUCUUGAGGAUCAAUCAAGGCCGAUUACCAUUAGAGAUUGAGAUAUAUGAGUUUCAGUCUAAACUCUGGAGAAGCGUUGAUGCUACUCUCGAAUGCCGUAUACUGUGGCAAUCUGUGUCUAUGAAUGGAAGCAUGUACUGGAUUGCUCAAAAGAAGAUGGCUCGGAAGAAGAUGGCUAACUCUAAAAUCGAAUUCUUCAUCCAAAGUUUUGAUUUUUCCACAGAAACAUUCAAGCCCAUAGUUUGUGUUCCAGAGGUAACUAGAUGUUAUCGUAGUUAUCAUCAGAGAGUACUCUUGUCAGGUUUCGGAGGAGAUAGGCUUUCUUUAUUACAUCAAGUUAGGUAUCUAAAGAUGGAGGUUUGGGUUACAAGCAAGUUGACCGAUGGGGUUGUCUCAUGGACCAAGUAUUUUAAUGUAACUCCUGAUCUCUCAAUAUCACAAUCCAGUUCCCUUCGCAGCAUUUCACCGAAAUACUUCAUCCACAAGACCAACAAGAUCAUGUUAUUGUGCGAGGGAGAAGAUUCCGAGGAGAAGAAUUGUUACACCAAUGUUUACGAAAUACGCGAGGAUAAGAUCGAAAAACAAGAUGAGAUGACAGCGAGCUACAGAUUGUAUAAGUACUAUUGCAAUAAUGUGUAUGUUCCAAGUCUAGUUCCGGUUACUUGUUUGAGGGUUUUGGUGCCAAUUUUGUAG